CAGCAGAGCCCCGCCAUGGCCGCACCCCUCACCGUGCACGCUGAGGCCUCAGCGGAAGCCACUCCACAGGGCGGAAGCGGUGGGUCGUGCUUGUCCAUGGCGGAGGGCGGCUUGGAGCCCGGGGAUGACGGCCGCGGUCCCGGUCCCGGUCCCGGUCCCGGGCUAGCCCUGGUCGAGGGCAGUGCCGGCCGCGCUGGCCGCGUCGGGGACCCCGGGGACCUAGUGGCCCUGGCCCAGCAGGUGCAGCAGGCCAAUGACUUUGUCCGAGCAAAUGCCUGCAGCAAACUGACAGUCAUCGCCGAGCAGAUCCGGCACCUGCAGGAGCAGGCACGGAAGGUCUUAGAUGAAGCUAACAGGGAUGCUGAUCUGAACCAUGUGGCCUGCAACCUUGUGAAGAAGCCAGGAAAUGUUUACUACAUGUACAGGCGGGAGAGUGGGCAGCGGUAUUUCUCCAUCCUGUCUCCUAAGGAAUGGGGUACCACUCCCCAUGAAUUUCUUGGUGCCUAUAAGCUCCAGCAUGACAUGUCCUGGACUCCGUUUGAGGACAUAGAGAGACGAGAUGCUGAAAUAACUGUCCUGGAGAAGCUGCUGAACCAGCAGGCAGCACUGCCCCUGUGCACGGAGCCCAACUUCCAGGGCCUGACCAAGUCACACAAGUGACCUCACAGGACCCCCUGAGCAGAGUCCCUGAGUGAGGGGACACAGUGCCUGUACGCUGCCAAAGGCAGGGUGGAAAGAGACCAAGAAACAAAAAUGCUGAUUGCUUUUGUGCUUUAAGGAGAACAAUUCUGCAUUCAAUCUUACUGCAUUUUCUAGCAAUUGAAUAAUUUACUUCAUUGACCUAUGCCAAGCUGUAGCAAGAGACAGGUGAUACCAGGAGAUGUGAGUUCCAAGAGUGUUUGGAGCAAAAAUCAGAAAUGCUUGGGGCAGAUGUGCUAAUGCUGUAAAAUAGUAUCUCCUAUCUGCCUGGCUCUGGUGUACCUCACUGUGAGUGUGUCAGGUAAUGAUCUCAGGGCUGGAUUUUCCUCCUUAUUAAAAUGCACAUGUUUAGAGAGCUCUGUGGCCUGGGAAGAGUGGUCAAAAGCCUGUGCAAAGGGUCUGUUGUGAUGAGUCUUCUGGUCUCUGUCCUAGCUGGUCUGAAUCCCUGAACUGGGAACCUGGGGUGACCUGAAGCUCUUUUCUCUGGAAAGGGCAUCCUCAAAAGUUCCAUACAGGCUUCUGGUGCUCUUCAGAUGAUGUGUGUUUCACAUCCUCAUGCAUUUCCCCUUGGAUGUGAGAGCAUGAGCUGCCAGGUAGAGGCAGGAUACUGGAUGACUUUAUGCCAGAGCAGUGGGGAGAGUAAAAUACAUCAACCGUGAUCUCACAUGUACCACCAAGACAGGUCCCGUGUUCUUCCUGCGUGGCAAAAAUACCUUUAGCUUUGCCAGGAAGACUUAGUGGCACAUGGAGCUGGUAGGACACUUCCAGUAUGUUUUUUCCACCUAGGAGAACUAAGGAGAAGUAAAGAUCAGAGUUGCUGAGGAGAUAUCCUCCCUCUGCCCGGCCACACGGGGCUUCUUCAGGAACUUGCCUGCUUUUCUGUGAGGAGCCAAAGUUAGAAUUUAUUGACAGAGAGGAUGUCCAGGUUGGAUCCCGGUAUGUAACAUUAGAUCUGGCUGGAUUCUCCCACGAUUUGCUCACUUUCCUGACAUUACAAGAUGAUCUUAUAUGCUGCUCCAGGCAUUGCACAUACACAAUCGCCUUGCUACCUCCAAGGGCAACAUGGGAGGGUUGAGGACCACUUGUAGGAGGUAAAUUCUGACCUUGGAGUCUGGGGCGGCUAUGAAUGGAGUUGGUGCUUCUUGGUGGAGCGCAGCUGUGAGGGCAUCUGCAAAAAUUAUACCCUUGGGGACCAGCACUGUCACUGUGUUUUGCCAUUGCUGGAGUUUAUUCCCCGUUUGCAGGACACAGCCUCGCCUCAAGUGUCCCUCUGUCCUCAUCCCCACACACUGGGAGAUGCUCAAGGCUGCUGGCAGUGACAGUUCCUCAUGGGAAGAGCUGUUUCCUGCUGGCGUUACAGAGGACUGGGAGACUUAGGGCAGCUCCCUAGUGGCCCAGGAUUUGUUUUGUCCCAGAUUUUCUUCUACCUCUGUCCAGUGCAGUAGCUCACCUACAUCCCAGCAUGGCAGAGCCUCUGUUUGGCAGAAACCUGUUCCUUGGAUUCAAUAUGGGACAUUUUUCUCAAUACCUUUCCUCACCUGGAGUACAAGGGCAUAUUAACAGCAAUUUAUUAUUAGUAGUAGUAGUAUUAGACCAGGCUAUAAUUAAUUCCUUAUCAAGUUACAGGUGCCAAAUUUGACAGGGUUUUUCUCUGCUUGUUUCAUCGCCUUGAGUUUGAUUUUACUGCAUGCUAUUAUAUCUUAACUUGGAAGGGAGAAAAUUAAUUACUGCAUGGACUUUGUGUGUUGCUAAUUACAUCAACACUAGAUCUUCA